AUGUACUUAUCUGUGCUCGACGGAGUAGUAAGGUGUGUUCUGGGGCAGCACGAUGACUCUGGAAGGAAAGAACAAGCCAUCUACUAUCUUAGCAAGAAAUUCAUGCAGUAUGAGGCUAAUUAUUCAUUUAUUGAGAAAAGCUACUGUGCAUUGGCCUGGGCAGCUCAAAAAUUAAGGCACUACCUAUUAAGUCACACCACCUAUCUCAUCUCCCGCUCUGAUCCCUUGAAAUACCUCUUGGAGAAAUCAAUGCCAACUGGACGUCUUGCUAAAUGGCAAAUAAUUCUUUUAGAAUUUGAUAUUGUUUUCACUUUGCAAAAGUCCGUCAAGGGACAAGCUAUAGUCGAUCAUUUGGCAGAAAAUCCAAAGGACGAUAAUUAUCAACUGCUCCAUACAUAUUUCCCUGAUGAAAAGAUUUUAUUUGUUGGUACCGUAGAAGAUAUGAGCGAGCGGUGCCCUGAAUGGAGAUUGUUUUUCGAUGGUGCAGCUAAUUCUUUUGGAGUUGGAAUCGGAGCCGUCCUUGUAUCUCCGGAAAGGAAGCAUUAUCCUGGAGCCGCUAAAUUGCAAUUUGCCUGCACAAACAAUAUGGCCGAGCAUGAAGCAUGUAUUUUUGGUCUUAAAAUGGCUUUGGAAAUGGAAGUUAAAGAGUUAAUAGCCUUCAGUGAUUCAGAUUUACUCGUGCACCAAACGUUGAAACAAUGGAUAACCAAAGAUUCAAAGAUUCUGCCAUACCACUCUAAUUUGCUCAAAUUGGCUAGACAAUUUCAAAGUUUGGAAUUCAGACAUCUCCCACGAACCCGAAAUGUAUUUGCCGAUGCCUUGGCCAUCUUAUCUUCUAUGAUACAAUAUCCGGACGAAUUAGAAAUUGAGCCUAUUCGGAUUCAACUACAAGACAAGCCUGCUCAUUGUUGGGUCAUAGACAAAUCUUCUGGCAAUAGCCCUUGGUACAAUGAUAUUAAGGAGUUCAUCAGAACCGGCUCUUACCCUCCAGAAACUACUGCAAAUGACAAGGGUUUCCUGCGCAGAAUGGCCUCAAAGUUCUUCCUAAAUGGAGAGGUAUUAUACAAAAGAUGCUCAGAUUUGAACCUCUUAAGGUGCAUCGAUGAAGAUGAAGCUCAAUACAUGAUGCAAGAGGUGCAUAGCGGUGUUUGCGGACCUCACAUGAAUGGGUAUUUAUUAGCAAAGAAAAUCAUGAAAAUCGGGUAUUUUUGGCUCACUAUGAAACGUGAUUGCAUGGACUUUGUCCGGAGAUGUAUUAAAUGUCAAAUGCAUGGCGAUGUUAUACGUGCUCCUCCCACCGAAUUGCAUAGCAUGAUUGCUCCAUGGCCCUGUUCAAUAUGGGGUAUGGAUGUGAUUGGCACAAUUGACCCUCCUGCUUCAAAUGGGCAUCGAUUUAUAUUGGUGGCAAUUGAAUACUUCACCAAAUGGGUCGAAGCGGAAUCAUUCAAGCACGUGACAAAGAAGGUGGUGGCGAAUUUCUUAAGAGAUCACAUCAUAUGCCGAUUUGGGGUGCCAGAAACAUUGAUUACAGACAAUGCCAAGAAUCUCAACAAUGAUGUGGUGGACGGGCUAUGCGAACAGUUCAAAAUCAAACAUCGCAACUCUGCCAUCUAUAGACCGCAAAUGAACGGAGCCGUGGAGGCCGCAAACAAGAAUUUGAAGAAGAUCAUCCGUAAAAUGACUGAAAGGCACCGUGAUUGGCAUGAAAAGCUCCCUUAUGCACUAAUGGCAUAUCGGACUUCUAUCCGAACAUCAACUGGGGCAACCCCCUACUCGCUCAUGUAUGGAAUGGAAGCUGUGCUACAUGCCGAGGUCGAAAUCCCUUCAUUGUGUAUUCUAAUGGAGACCAAGUUGGAAGAGGCUGAUUGGAUAAAGCAGCGUUAUGAACAAACUGUCCUUGAUUGA